CAUGCGCGGUGCACCGAGGCUUGUUUCACAUCUGUAACAACAGAUGCUGCUGUAGGUCAGCUCACAAUUUGAUGGGUCACGGCAGAUCCUGAAGUGAGGUCAAUAAGUCCAGUAUCUGCGUUAUUGCCACUAACAAACCUUGUCCUUGUUGUUAGAGUUAGUAAAUAACGUUCAAUGAUUGGAGCAACUUUCCUUCCCUGAGGGGUCACCAUUUGAGUGACCAGCAUUGUACUUCCCAGGAGGAGGCCCAGCCUCGUGAUGAGGAAUAGCAGGGAGAGACUUCAGCUCCAGUGUAAAAGCCUACAAAAUCUGAGAUCGUCACUGCUCUUGUAAGUUUUCUCUCUGAGCUACCAUAUCCUAUCGGCUGAAAUUUCCGGCAUCCCUGGGGGAGAGGAGGCCGUCAGGGCAGACCUGCUAUGGACCUGAAAGAUUCGGCCCCAGGAUUCCAGCUUUCCCUCCUGGCCAGAAAUGUUCAGCCUGGACUCAUUCAGAAAAGAUCGGGCCCAGCACAGGCAGCGUCAGUGCAAACUUCCCCCACCCCGCCUUCCACCCAUGUGUGUCAACACUGUCCCUGGAGGGACCAUCUCUCGAGCUUCUAGGGACCUAUUAAAAGAGUUCCCACAGCCCAAAAACCUUCUCAACAGUGUGAUUGGAAGAGCCCUCGGCAUCUCACAUGCAAAAGACAAACUUGUCUACGUGCACACAAAUGGACCAAAGAAAAAGAAAGUCACCCUGCACAUAAAGUGGCCCAAGAGCGUGGAAGUAGAAGGUUAUGGCAGCAAGAAGAUUGACGCUGAGCGGCAAGCUGCAGCUGCAGCUUGUCAGCUAUUCAAGGGCUGGGGUCUGCUGGGUCCCCGGAAUGAGCUGUUUGAUGCAGCCAAAUAUCGUGUGCUAGCUGAUCGCUUUGGCUCCCCGGCUGACAGCUGGUGGCGCCCGGAGCCCACCAUGCCACCCACUUCCUGGCGGCAGGUGAAUUCCGAGAACAUCCGGCCAGGGGGACCUGGGGGCCUAUCCCGCCCCUUGGGCCGGGAGGAAGAGGAGGAUGAGGAGGAAGAGCUAGAAGAGGGGACCAUCGAUGGCACCGACUUCCUGUCUGUGACCCAGCAGGACUCCCACACCCCGCUCAGGGACUCGAGGGGGGGCUCCUUUGAAAUGACAGAUGACGACAGUGCUAUUAGGGCCCUGACCCAGUUCCCGCUGCCCAAGAACCUUCUGGCCAAGGUGAUUCAGAUUGCAACUUCAUCCUCCACAGCUAAGAACCUCAUGCAGUUUCAUACUGUGGGCACAAAGACCAAGCUGUCUACCCUCACCCUGCUCUGGCCCUGCCCCAUGACCUUUGUCGCCAAAGGGCGCCGCAAAGCAGAGGCCGAGAAUAAGGCGGCAGCCUUGGCCUGCAAGAAACUGAAGAGCCUGGGCCUGGUGGACAGGAAUAACGAGCCGCUCACCCAUGCCAUGUAUAACCUGGGCUCCCUGCGAGAGCUGGGCGAGACCCAGCGCCGACCGUGUACCAUCCAGGUGCCCGAGCCCAUCCUCUGCAAGAUAGAGACCUUCCUGAACCACUUCCCUGUGGACACUUCAUGGAUCACUCCUGAGCCCCGUCUGCAGAGCAAUGACAUCUUGCCCCUGGGCAAGGACUCAGGGCCCCUGAGUGACCCUAUCACGGGCAAGCCCUACAUGCCCUUGUCAGAAACAGAGGAGGUGCGACUAAGCCAAGGCCUGCUAGAGCUGUGGCCGCAACGAGGACCAGUCUGGCAAGAUGUUCCCCAGCUACCUGUGGAUCCAUAUCGGGACACGAUCCUCAAUGCCAUAGAGCAGCACCCGGUGGUGGUCAUCGCGGGGGACACGGGCUGUGGGAAGACCACACGUAUCCCCCAGCUGCUGCUGGAGCGCUACGUGGUCGAGGGCCGCGGCGCCCACUGCAAUGUGAUCAUCACUCAGCCGCGCCGCAUCUCGGCUGUCUCUGUGGCACAGCGGGUCAGCCAUGAACUGGGUCCCGGCCUGCGCCGGAACGUGGGCUUCCAGGUGCGCCUGGAAAGCAAGCCGCCAGCUCGAGGCGGCGCCCUGCUCUUCUGCACUGUGGGCAUCCUGCUGCGGAAGCUGCAGAGCAACCCCAGCCUGGAGGGCGUGAGCCACGUCCUCGUGGACGAGGUGCAUGAGCGGGACGUGAACACGGACUUCCUGCUGAUUCUACUCAAGGGCUUGCAGCGGCUGAACCCAGCCCUGCGGCUUGUGCUCAUGAGCGCCACCGGUGAUAAUGAGCGCUUCUCCCGCUACUUUGGUGGCUGCCCCGUCAUCAAGGUUCCUGGCUUCACGUACCCCGUCAAAGAGCACUACCUAGAGGACAUUCUGGCCAAGCUGGGCAAGCACCAGUACCCACACCGGCACCGGCACCACGAGUCGGAGGAUGAAUGCAUACUUGAUCUGGACCUUGUGACGGAUCUGAUUCUGCACAUCGAUGCCCGUGGGGAGCCAGGUGGGAUCCUGUGCUUUCUGCCUGGCUGGCAGGAGAUCCGAGGGGUGCAGCAGCGGCUCCAGGAGGCCCUGGGCAUGCAUGAGAGCAAGUACCUCAUCCUGCCAGUGCACUCCAACACCCCCAUGAUGGACCAGAAGGCCAUAUUCCAGCAGCCUCCAGUUGGGGUGCGCAAGAUCGUCUUGGCAACCAAUAUCGCUGAGACCUCCAUCACCAUCAACGACAUCGUGCAUGUGGUGGACAGUGGUCUGCACAAGGAGGAGCGCUACGACCUAAAGACCAAGGUGUCCUGCCUGGAGACUGUGUGGGUGUCCAGAGCAAACGUGAUCCAGCGCCGGGGCCGGGCAGGCCGCUGCCAGUCAGGCUUUGCCUACCACCUGUUCCCACGCAGCCGGCUAGAGAAAAUGGCCCCCUUCCAGGUGCCGGAGAUCCUGCGCACGCCUCUUGAGAACCUGGUGCUGCAAGCCAAAAUCCACAUGCCUGAGAAGACGGCAGCGGAGUUCCUCUCCAAGGCUGUAGACAGUCCAGACAUCAAGGCCGUGGACGAGGCUGUGACCUUGCUCCAGGAGAUCGGGGUGCUGGACCAGCGGGAGGACCUGACCAUCCUGGGGCAGCGCCUGGCCCACAUCUCCACUGACCCCCGGCUGGCCAAGGUUAUAGUGCUGGCUGCCAUCUUCCGUUGCCUGCAUCCACUGCUGGUGGUGGUUUCCUGCCUCACCCGGGACCCCUUUAGCAGCAGCCUGCAGAAUCGGGCGGAGGUGAACAAGGUGAAGGCACUGUUGAGCCAUGACAGCGGCAGUGACCACCUGGCCUUUGUGCGGGCUGUAGCCGGCUGGGAGGAGGUAUUGCACUGGCAGAACCGCAGCUCCCGUGAGAACUACCUGGAGGAAAACCUCCUCUAUGCACCCAGCCUGCGCUUCAUCCACGGCCUCAUCAAGCAGUUCUCAGAGAACAUUUACGAAGCUUUCCUGGUGGGGAAGCCCUCCGACUGCACCCUGGCCUCUGCCCAGUGCAACGAGUACAGUGAGGAAGAGGAGCUGGUGAAGGGUGUGCUGAUGGCAGGUCUCUACCCCAACCUCAUCCAGGCGAGACAGGGCAAGGUGACCCGGCAGGGGAAGUUCAAGCCCAACAGUGCUACAUAUAGGACCAAGUCAGGCAACAUCCUGCUGCACAAGUCGACCAUUAACAGGGAAGCCACACGGCUGCGGAGCCGAUGGCUGACAUAUUUCAUGGCUGUCAAGUCCAAUGGCAGCAUCUUCGUGCGGGACUCCUCCCAGGUGCACCCCCUGGCUGUGCUGCUACUGACCGACGGGGACGUCCAUAUCCGAGAUGAUGGGCGCCGGGCCACCAUCUCACUGAGUGACAGUGACCUGCUGAGGCUGGAGGGAGACUCCCGCACUGUGCGACUGCUGAGGGAGCUGCGCCGGGCCCUGGGCCGCAUGGUCGAGCGCAGCCUGCGCAGCGAGCUGUCUGCCCUUCCACCCAGCGUGCAGCAGGAGCAUGGGCAGCUGCUGGCCCUGUUGGCAGAGUUGCUGCGCGGACCCUGUGGCAGCUUUGAUGUGCACAAGACAGCUGAUGACUGAGCCCUGCUUCCGCUGGGCUAUGUACAGAGUGCAAAUGUUUAUUUAAAAUAAAGUUCUAUUUAUCCCUUGUGA